AUGCAAGCAGCCACAGAGACACCCAAAAAUGUGCAACAAAACAACGCUCAAAACGCCGUCCUCUUCGAAGCAAUCAACCUCCUCAUCCACCUUGAUACAGAACACCAACUUAUGAUGCAGAUAUCUUCAAAGCUGGGGAAAUUCAUUCAAUCACGUGAAACGAACGUACGAUACUUGGGCUUGGAUGCAAUGACCCAUUUCGCAGCCAGAUCGGUGACUCUCGACCCUAUCAAGCGACAUCAGAAUAUCAUCAUUGGCUCUCUUCGAGACCGAGAUAUCAGUGUGCGACGAAAGGGUCUAGAUCUGCUUUACAGCAUGUGCGACAUCACCAAUGCACAGCCCAUCGUCAGUGAGCUGCUCAAGUACCUGCAAUCCGCCGACUUCUCCAUCCGGGAAGAAAUGACCCUCAAGAUCGCGAUUCUGACCGAGAAAUAUGCAACCGACGCUCAGUGGUAUAUCGACAUCUCCCUUCGACUGCUGGCCAUGGCCGGUGAUCAUGUCAGCGACGAAGUGUGGCAGCGGGUAGUCCAGAUUGUCACGAACAACGAGGAGCUCCAACCUUACGCAGCACAACAUAUCUUUGACUACCUAAAAGCGGAAUCCUGCCAUGAUACACUCGUCAAGAUUGGCGGAUAUGUUCUUGGAGAGUUUGGACACUUGAUUGCCGACAACAAAGGCUGCAGCCCGAUCGAACAGUUGAUGGUGCUACAGACGAAAAUGAUAUCAGCCCCUGAUCCCACGCGGGCGUUGCUGUUGUCCACAUUUGUCAAGUUUGUCAACUUGUUCCCAGAGAUUAAGCCUCAGCUGCUGCAGAUGUUCCAAUUCUAUAGCCAUUCACCUGACUCCGAACUCCAGCAGCGGGCUUGCGAGUAUCUCACGAUUGCCACGCUGCCUACGGAUGAUCUCCUUCGCACAGUCUGCGAUGAGAUGCCCCCAUUCUCAGAACGAACCUCGAUUCUUCUCCAAAGAUUACACAAGAAGAGUGCGGGGACUAGCGAGAGAAGAACUUGGGUCGUCGGUGGCAAAGAUGCCAACGCAGACGAAAAGGAAGUCCUUCUCGCCCAGCAGACUGGCCUGAAACGGAGCUUUACCACCAUCGUCAAUGGAACGGGCGUGACUCCACAUGGCACAAAUGGCACAGCCGGUCCUACAGCAAACCUUGCACAGAAUGGACAAAAUGGAACCGCGAGCGCCGCAAAGGAUCUGGAAGGGUUGGAUAUGAAUGGCCAUAGCAAUGAUGCGGCCAUGCCCAACCUCGCCAGCGCCGCUCAUCUCUCUCCGGACUGGGAAAUGGGAUACGAGCAAAUGUUCUUCGCCAAUGAAGGCGUGUUAUAUGAGGAUCCGCAGAUUCAGGUUGGCAUUCGGGCAGAGUAUCGCGGCCAUCUAGGCGUGAUCAAACUCUACUUCACCAACAAAGCAUCAUUCUCCAUCGGCUCAUUCACGACAACGCUCGACAACAAAUCAGCACCCAAUCUCAAAAUUGAUACGAAGAGCCUGCCUGAGUCUAGUAUUGACGCCGGUUCGCAGGCCCAGCAGACUGUGGUCUGCACCUCGGUCGCGCCAUUCUCUGAGUCACCCACGAUCCGCAUCUCCUAUCUGGCCGGUGCACUUCAAGGGUACACGCUAAAACUUCCUAUCCUUGCCCACAGGUUUAUGGAUCCAUCGGAGCUUUCAGCAGAAGAUUUCUUCAAACGAUGGAAGCAGAUCGGUGCUGGGCCGCUUGAGGCGCAGAGCACAUUUGGCCUGCGCAGCCCAUCUGCGGGGAUGGAUGAAAAGUUCGUCCGCGACACUGUUGCAGGCUUCCGGUGGCGGAUUUUGGACAACGUCGAUCCCAACCCAAAGAACAUUGUCGGAUGUGCCGUAUUGCAGCUAGAGAAGGGAAAGACGGGGUGCUUGUUGAGGUUGGAGCCAAAUCAUCAGCAGAAGAUGUUCCGCUUAACAAUCCGUGCGACGCAGGAAAACAUACCCCGGAUCCUGCUCGACCAAAUGCAAGAGCGGCUCGCAAAAGGAUCUCCUGUGUGA